CUUUACAAAUGAAAGAAAGAACCCUCACGCCAACUCUUCCUCUCGCCUACUUCUGUUCAUCUACGCAUUAAGAUACAAACAUGAACUUUACAAAUGAAAGAAUGAAUUGGAUUACCUAGGCUAAUUGGGGAAGAAGUUAAUUGCCAAUUGGAGAAGGGAGGGCAGCAGCAGAGGCAGCGGGUCGAUGCAGGAGAGAGGCAGCAGGGGUCGAUGCAGGGGAGACCUCACCGGAUUCGCAUCCGUUGCGCUCGCCGGCAACAGGAGUCAACGACGAUGGCGGCUUGGACGAAGGCUGCGGGGAACGGCGGCGAGUUGUGUUUUGGACGAACGGGGAAGGCGUCGAGAUGCGUUUUGGCUGGCGUCGAGAUGCGAUGGCGACGGCGAUGGAACGACGACGGGAACAAACGACGACAGCGCUGGACGAAGGCUACGUUUCCGGUGGGCGACGAAGGCGCUGGACGAAUGCUGCGGAGGAGCUGCUUCUCCUUCGUCGUCUGCAACCGAAGAGGGAACGAAAUAAAAUUAGGGUUCCCUUGGCCUUGAGAGUUCAGACAGCCUCCCGUCCCCUUUCAUUUUAAUUUUUGAUUUUUAGUUUCUGUUUUUUUUUUAAUUACAUCAACCGGCCCAAAUGCUAAAAACCGGGCGAGCGGCUCGAGCGGUUCGAGCGGUUAACCGCUUCGGCCGCUCGCCGACCGCCCCAAAUAACCACUCCGGCUAAAUAGCUGAGUCGAGCCGGUUUUAUGGGCGGUUGGCGGUUUUGGCGGCUCGGCCGGCCGGCUCGGCUCGGCUUUGACAGCACUGGCAUAUUCGUUAUCCUACCCAAAGUAGUUCGAGUUUUACUCAUACUCAUACCCACACCCACAUAUGAAACGGGUAGAAAAUUAAAACCAUGCACAUACUCGUUCGGGUUUCGGGUAUCCACGGUUAUCCAUGGGUAAUGAUUUCUCUUCAUAACUCCAACUAAUAUAUUAACAUUCACACGUAUUCUCACAUUACGCAAGAGGAAAAGUAUGACAAUAAUUCACUAGAAUGAAGAAAAUUAAUUAAA